UGCCCCUGUCCCGAGCCCGGCCCGUAACCCUGCUACGUGGCUGGGACGCGAAGCCUUGGGAUGUGCGGCCCCAGGGGCUGCCAGGACCUGUCUCGUUAGGCAGGUGCCUUCUGAUGGUUCUGAGUGGAGGUCUUGGGUUGUAGCUGGUGCCCAACCAUCCCUCCUUCUCCCUUCCUUUCCCACCUCAUCUCCAAGUCUCCCCACACACACGCACAUGUUCCGUAUCUGGACUCACUAAUGACAGCCUGGAUCAUCCUCCCCAUUAGCCUGUCUACCUUCUCCAUCACUGGGAUAUGGAUUGUGUACGCCAUGGCAGUGAUGAACCACCACGUGUGCCCCGUCGAGAACUGGUCCUACAACGAGUCAUGCUCCUCCAGCCCUGCCAAGCAUGGCUACCCCAAAAGCUGCUGCACCUUGGAAGAUGUGCCUCUGAUCAGUAAGUGUGGCACGUAUCCCCCUGAGAGCUGCCUCUUCAGCCUUAUUGGGAACAUCGGGGCUUUCAUGGUGGUGCUGAUCUGCUUCCUGCGCUACGGGCAGCUGAUUGAGCAGAGCCACCGCUCCUGGGUCAACACAACGGCGCUUGUCGCGGGCUGCACCAACGCUGCUGGCCUCGUCGUGGUUGGCAACUUCCAGGUGGACAACGCCAAGUCCCUGCACUACAUCGGGGCGGGCAUUGCCUUCCCGGCCGGGCUGCUCUUCGUCUGCCUCCAGUGCAUCCUCACCUACCACACUGCCAUCAGCGCCCUGGACGGCUGGAUGGCGCACCUCCGCGUCUCGCUCACCAGCGUGGCCUUAAUCGCCCUCGUCCUCAGCGGUGUCUUCUUCAUCCACGAGAGCCCCCUGCUGCAGCACCUGGCAGCCAUCUGCGAGUGGGUCUUCGUCAUCGACAUGCUGGUCUUCUACGGCACCUUCGCCUACGACUUUGGGGCUGUCUCCACCGACACUCUGGUGACAGUGCUGCAGCGGGCCAGCAGCCGGGGCUGCAAGUCACCCGGUGGCAGCAGCACCUCCACCCACCUCAACUGCACCCCUGAGAGCAUCGCCAUGAUCUGAGCAGGGGCUCCCCUCCCCCCCCUUGGAUUUUGUAUCAAAAAACAUUUUUUAAAGGAAAACACAGUAUUGGGGCUGCCCGUCACAGCAAGGCUGAGCCCAGCAGCCCUCCCAGCCCUCCCUGCUGGCCAGCCUAGCUGCUGCAUCAAUGGCCAAAGGGCGCCCUGGGGUGGGGCCACCAGCCUUCUCCUACCUGGGCUGGCUUCCGCAGGCCCUCACCCCUUCUGCAGAUCAGACCCCUGCCGGCAGCGGCUGCUCAGGGAAAGGAGACCGGAGCUGGCUGCAGGGCGCGACUGCUCAUGCUGCUCUGCUGGGGGCUUUACUACCCGCGUCGGGGCAGCCUCUCCUGGGCAGGAGCCCUCUGCACAAGUUCCCUUACUCAAGCCCCUACCCCAUUCAGGAAGGAUUUGGGGUAACCCCAUUGCAAAGUGGGGGGGACACACAGGGCUGUCCAAUGGUGUCUGAUGUUUAGAGGGAAGGUGGGGGAGAAAAGACCCAUUAACCCCUCUCCUUCCUCUCCCUGUCCUGGGGGAGGUCUUGGCAGUGGGAUGGGGGAUGAUGUGGCAGGAGGGCAAAGAGCCUCGAUCCCCAUCCUUCUGAGCUGGUUUCUUUGGGUAAACUGGAUUGGUAUUUUUAAUACUUUUUAUAUCUCUAAGGUGUAUAAAGAGACUUAUAUUGGA